AUGUCUCUACCCACAAGAACACUUUGCACUUUCCUCAUCAUUCUCUUGCUGUUCAAUGCACUUGCCUACGCUGCGAAAGGAAUCAAGCCCGAUGACUCGGUCUGCUCUCCCGAGGGCCCCGUGGAGCAAGGGUGUGCUAUCGACGGCAAUUCCGACUUCUAUGGCUUAGGCGUUAGGAUCGGUAUCUACACCCAAUGGAUGACGUCCUGGAUCGCGAACAACUUCCUCUGCGAAGAGAUCAUCGGCUCUCUCGAGACGAACUCGAUCUUCCUCCUCGCAUUGUUUUCAACCGUGUUUUUCUACUCGGUACGGAAGGAUCAGAUCCGUGUGGUUGAUGUGCUGGUGAUCCACCAAUUGUGUGUCGGGUUUCUGUUCAGCAUCAUGAGCCUUUGGGGAUAUCGCACAAUGUACUACAAAACGGAAGGGCCAGGCGGACGCCGCCACUUUGGCGGGUUUGGCACGCAUUUCCGCCUCGUCCUCAUGAGCAUGAUCACCCUUUACGGGGUCUGGUUUUGGGCCAAAGGCAUCGACGUCCUCUCCCCGUGCGAUCGCCGAGAAGCCUGCGGCGGCUUGCAGACAUACUUCUUCGUGUCAAUGAGGGUUGAAUCCUGGGUUACCAGGGGGGUGAAUCUGGCCAUGGCGAUAGUAGCGGCGUUGUACUAUGCCGUGAUGGCGAUCGUGGCCGCGAUCGCGGGCAUAGUCUAUGUGACGAGGAAAUGGGAGAAGAAGGCGGAUAAUUGGGAGUUGAUCGAGCACCCGGACGCGGAUGUUUCGCUCAAUAAGAGAGAGUUGACAACUUGGUACAUCUGCCUCUCUUGUUUCAAUCUGUUCUGGAUUGUGUUUGCCAUCCUCAACAUCGAGUUCACCCUCAACUUGAAUCACAUGGGCAACGUCCUAGGGAGCUCAGCGGCGGUGGGGGCUGGCCAGUUGAUCCCCUUGGCUAUCGGAAUGAUCAGUCUUGUGCGAGUACUUUAUAUGCUUGCAAAGACGCAUAUCUCUUGGCUGCGAAACAAAGAUGACGACAACUACUGUGCACCCUCCGGCGGCGAGGGAGCCGAGACUGCCGUGGAUGGUCUGGGGUUCCGGCCCUAUUCACCUCCCCUCAAACCGGACAACCCAGAGGACCCGAAUCAGUUUGCAGCUUUGGCGACUAUGGACCGACCUCCAACUCUCCCUGUCCUAUCAUCAGCAAGGGUCAGACGUCAACAGAAACGCUCGCUGGCGCACCGCAUUCUCCUGGCCUGGCUCCCGUGGCUGAACCUGUUUGAGUGGUCGAAAGAAUCCCUGGCACCGAAAGCCAUCCGAGAUUCAAUGAUCUUCGCCAAUCAUCAUAAUGCCAAAACGAAAGACACAGAGGUUGGCUUUGAAGUGAUGGGCAUGAAAAGAAUACGACCGGAAAUGGAAGAUGCACGGCAGAUGAUGGGGCACCAUCGCGGGGAAAGUACAGCGUCGGGUGAAAGCUCUUCUGCUGCUCUCCUGAGCUCGCCGCCCCAAGUAUGGCCGGGACAGAAUGGAUUGAUGGGGCAGGCGGGGGACGAGGAGGUGGAGAUGGCGGACCGGAGGCAGUCCAUGAUGGACUCUAGUACCCUGGCUGGCAGUAUCUACACUGGUGAUGGGUAUGAAGUUUAG